AAAUGUUGUCAAUACAGAGGACACAAGUGAUCGUCGGUCGCGUCGACUGCACCGAAGAGCGAGACCUCUGUUCCCGGGAAUCAGUGAUGGGUUUCCCGACACUUAAGUUGUAUAAAUCGCACGAAACCAAUGGUAUUGAAUACGAAGGCGAGAGAAAUCUCUUGAGUUUAGAGACAUAUUUGAGGACACAAUUAGGCGAUCGUAUUGUCGAUGGAUUGACGGACACCGAGGAGACGGAGGACAGCCUCUCCAGCCAACCGGUGGCCGACACUCCCAAACCCAUGAAUGGCAUGUAUGAACUGACCGACGAGAAUAUCGAUGAGUUUCUUAGCAAAGGUCGCCAUUUUGUGAAGUUCUACGCGCCGUGGUGCGGACACUGUCAACGGUUGGCCCCGACGUGGCAUCAAUUGGCACAAUCCUUUGAAUUUGACACUUCCGUUAAGAUAUCGAAAGUCGACUGUACUAUCAGUUCCAUGUCCUGCAAGAACUACGAGAUUAAAGGCUAUCCAACACUCCUAUGGAUAGAGGACGGGAAGGUUACCGACAAAUACUCAGGAAGUCGUUCUCACGAAGACUUAAAACACUUCAUCACUGAGAAGAAGACCGAAGACAACAGAGAGAAAGUGACGCUAAAUCUGAGUUUAGAUAACGAAGAUUUCGGACCUCUGGUUAUAAAUGAGGAUAAUUUUGGCAAAAUUAUCAAAAAGGGCAUCACUUUUAUAAAAUAUUGGGUUCCCUGGUGUUCGCACUGUAAACAACUUAAGCCCAUUUGGCACCACUUGUCCACUAAGUUCUUCGGCAUUAAAGACGUUAUAAUAGCGAACGUAGACUGCGCUCAACACGAGAGCCUUUGCAAUAAAGAGCAGGUGGACGGCUAUCCGACGCUAAUGUUAUAUAAAGACAAUGAGAAAGUGGUUGAAUACGACGGCAAUAGACAACUCGAAGAGUUAUACGAUUUUGUUGUUCAACACUCAACAGUGCCUCAAAAGGAUGAGCUAUAAUCAAGUGAUCGCACACUUCAGUGUUUGUCGGAAUUGUAAACCACUUAAAAGUCAAUUGAAUUAUUAAUUAUUUCAAACAUUUUAAUGAAUUAGUCAUUAUUUUAAUUUUUACCCAUAAUUAAAGCUAUAUUUUAAAAGACUUCUCAAUUUAUUUAUUUAAUUAUUAUUUAUUUAUUGAUUGAUUUUAAAUGAGAC